GAGGAAACUAGAUCAGUUGCGGAGGAGGAAACUAGAUCAGUUGCGGAGGAGGAAACUAGAUCGGCCGAAGAAGAGGAAAGUAAAUCGACUGAAGAAGAGGAAAGUACAUCAAGCAUUGAGGAGGAUGAAGAGAAAUUGGAGAAACCACCUGAAGAAAUAUCUCAACCAAAGAAGCGAGAAAGCUUCGAAGAAAAAGCAACAGUACUCAUCGAAGAGAGAUCAGAGCCUGAAUUUGAGAAGAGAGACGAAUCAGUUAAGACAGGAGGAGAGAUGAAAACAGCAGACGCAAAAUCGGAAGUUACUCCCAUUCAAGACGUAAGGCAAGCAGCUGAAAAAUCUAACGAACCAGAAACAUCUGAAAAUGUUAUCAUUUGCACUGAUCAUAUGGAUUGGUUCAAAAUUGUCUCAAACGAGUACAGAAUACCUGUACUUCUAAAAAAUCGACCUCAUUACAUGAGCAUCCCUGUUAACGCUGUAUCAGAAUUAUACAAACCAGGAGAGAUUGACUUGUCUCGAUUAAAAGUUAUUGAUGUUGCAUCUCGAGAACCUCCAGCUAUAAGACCUAGACUUAACAAACAACAGCUAAAGAGGAGGGCAAUAUUGAUUAAACGAAUACUUCCACGACAUUCCCUAAAAAUAAAUAUAAAUUUUCCAUACAAAUCGGCAAUAUUAAAAGAAGCAGCAAACAAGGUCUUGUUUAGCCGUGACUAUUAUGACUAUUUAUCUGAGAAGAAAUUAUCUUUCAUUAUAAAUCACUUAAUGAUAGAAAAUGUAGAUUUAGUAAUCAACAAUAUUUCUUGGGAGAAUAUUUGUGAAGAAACUUUGAUGAUAAUAAUAGAUCUACACAUGUGGAAGAUGGUUUUAAUGGAUUUUGCAUUGUUUCUCGACGAUUUUAAGCAUUUUGCAGCCUUCGAAUUCGGUGACGUGUUACUCAAUGAUAACGACUGGAAAGCUCAUCAUCUAUACAGUUCUAUUAUGUAUAUAAAACAAUUCAUCAUGUCUUACAAGACGGAGGAAUUAACUAAGUUUUACUCCCUCCUUAAACUUUGCAUUUUGCUGGAAACUUACAAAGAACAUGAUUCUAAGAUCGAUGAGAUGUAUAAACCUAUUCUUAAGAAACUCGUACAAUAUCAUUCUUUACAAUUUGUCAAAGAUAUCAAGAUGAUAAACUACCAUAUAAAUAUCAAAAACGAGGAAGUAAUGGAUGUGCUGUCACACUUUACCAAUCUCGAGUACAUUGAUAUUGUGAAGGAUUUUGUUCCCGAAUUUGGUACUACGCUCGAGUAGGAGUUAUUUAAGAACCAGAGGAAUCUUCAUUUCUCGUGUUUGCUGUAACUUCCGUUCUUAAUUUUUUCUUGGUUCGAAUAACCGAUUGAUUAAUAAUUAACAAUUCCAAUUGUUUAUUCUACGUAAUAUAAAAUUGUGACUUGUGUAGCCUAAAACUGCUGCCUGGGAUUGUACUGUUACGUAAUAAAAUGUUUUAUUGUAAUUGUUUUUAAUAAAAUUCU